UUCAAAAAUCGUCGCUCUGAGUCUAAAUAUCAUUUCGUUUCAAGACGAGGCGCCGUUUCUCUCUCUGGUCGGAAGCGAACCCGUAACGUAGGUAGGUAUAUGCCAAAAAAGCCUGCUAGGGCUAUAGCGGGAGGAGAAGGAUUGAACAUAAACCCUACCCUUCUGGCACUGAAGCCUCGCCCAGUCUCGUUGCUCUUCACCAGCAGCUCAAUGUCAGCCAAGACUCCAUUGGUGCUCAAUCCUGACCAGAGGGCUAUUCUUCUCCAUUCCCUUGCGCUCUUUCUUCAACGCUCCGGCUACUCCAAAACCCUUAAGAAGCUACGUACUGAAGCCAAACUCCAGGACCAGAAUGAUAUUUCAGAGGGUUCUGCAUUUGACAUAGAGGAGAUAUUUUGCAAAUUCUUAGAGACCAGUGGUCAGGGAUGCAAGAAACCUGAGAGCCUCUCCAGCAAGGAGGAAGAUUUAUGGACUGGUCAUAGUUCUGAUAAAGCUGGAACAUUUGUAUUUUCUGCUUCGGCUGACACUGUUAAUGUCAGAAAGAAAAAGAAGUCUGCUAAGAACGAGACAGAUACCUCAGAAAGGGCAUCAGGAGCUAGUGCUGAAUUUUAUGAUUCUGAAACUGUGGACAAACGAAAGAAAAGUACAAAUGACUUAGAAGGUAGCACAAAAGCUAAGCAGAAAAGCUCCAAAAAACUGUCUUCGCAACCUGUUUCUGCCAAAAGCGAGUCUGUAUCCGGGGGGGAGCAAGACCCAAAUUCUAUAUUGGAUUCUGCCACCGAUAGUUUGGAGAAAAGGGCUAAAUCCAAAGAGAAGAGACAAAAGAAGGAUUCUCUUGCUUCUCAAAAGUUGAGCAGUGCAAAUACUGAGAAAAAUGCUUUGAUGGUCAAUGAAAUAGAGGGUAACGAGGCUAAGAAAAGGAAAAGGUUAGCCUCUGAGGAAGAUUCUGCUCCUCCAGAUGAUGGUAACCAGGUGGAAGAAAGAAAACGUCAGAGGACAGAAGCUGCUGCACAUGAUCUGCAGCCACAUGUAAACACAGACGAGAAGGAACACAACGUUACGACCCAGAAAUCCGCAAAAAAACUGCAAAAUGGCUCAUCAGAGAAUAUUGAUCUCGUCUUGCAGCCGACAACAGCACAGCGUUUUCAGAGAGUGAAAGCCGAGGAGGUGGUGUUCUCUGAUGAAAGGCUUAAAGAUAAUUCAUACUGGGCGAAGGAUGGUGCUGAGACUGGGUAUGGCGCUAAAGCACAAGAAGUUCUUGGACAAGUGAAAGGGAGGGGUUUUAGGCAUGAAAAGACGAAGAAAAAACGAGGCAGCUACAGAGGAGGGCAAAUUGACAUACACUCCCAUUCAAUCAAGUUCAAUUACUCGGAUGAGGAUUGAUCGAGACAACUGUCUUCAAUGGUUAUAUAAAUUUCAAUGGCGGUAGUCCGACAUAUGCCAAAUUGUUCGAACCCAAGCUUUUACCUGUUUUGUACCCUCCUUUUCUUUCUCUCGUACCAGGCUUAAACUUUUUGGUAACCAACAAAUGAGAGUCUGAUGCCUCUCUAUUUGGUUCCUUUUUGGCAGAGGCAAUAGACAUGGUUUUGAUUUAUGGAGUGACGCUGUUGCAUGCAAUUCAUUUCCUCUCUUGUUAUCUUGAGAUUAAAUUUGAUUA